ACCCCACUUAUCGUCACUACACAACCCUCUCUCGACUGUCCCUCCCACUCUCACUUGACUCUGAACACCAAACCCCAAACGGAGGGAGGCAGCAGAAGAGCCGUAAACCCCUAACCAGAACACAAAGUCCAAAUGGCUCUCCUCCAACUCCAAACCCACACAGUUUCUCCAACAAUGACUCUCUUCUCGCCCCUUAUCCCUUCUUCUCUUACUUCUCCCCAAAAGACUUGCUUCUCUGUUAUUCCUCAAUCCUCCCUAAAAAAAACCCAUCAACUCUUUUCUACCAACAACAACAACAACAACAACUCAGCCGUUUCACUUUCACCACUCCGACGAAAGUCGCUUUGUGAACCCCCUCGCGGAAAAUAUGUCAAAGAUGAUUACCUCGUGAAGAAGUUGUCCGCUCAGGAGAUACAGGAACUUGUAAAGGGGAAAAGAACUGUUCCCCUUAUUAUUGAUUUUUAUGCUACUUGGUGUGGACCCUGUAUUCUAAUGGCUCAAGAACUUGAAAUGCUUGCUGUGGAGUAUGAAGACAAUGCAAUGAUUGUUAAAGUUGAUACCGAUGAUGCGUAUGAAUUUGCUCGUGACAUGCAGGUGCGGGGGUUGCCAACACUGUUCUUUGUCAGUCCUGACCCGAAUAAAGAUGCCAUUCGAACUGAAGGUCUCAUUCCGAUACAGAUGAUGCGGGAUAUCAUCAAUAACGAGAUGUAGAUUGAGUUUAGCAGCAAGAGAGUGGUGUGGCUUGUCAAUUUUUUGGGAGCCUCUGAUAUGCUGUUCAAUGAUCACAAGUCAUUAUCUCAGCCAAGAGAAAAAGGAAAAAGAGGGAUCACGAGCCUUUCAAUUUCUAAUUUGAGGUCUUUUCUGUCCUAUUUAUUUGCUGGAACAAGUGUUUUGAGGUUGAAAUCAUGAUAACUCCGUGGUAUCAAAUAGGAAGGAUGUUAGGCAUAUUCUUUAUUUGAUACAAGGAACACAAAUUGUACGCCAAUAUGAACAUAUCAUUUGGAGAUUGAAAUCAGCGGUCAAUUGUGCGUGAAACCUGAUUUUGUAGAAGAAUUCAUCUAUGGCU